GGUGGCAGCAGAGAGCUCCAAGUGAUGCUCCAAAUUCGUCACAGACAGAACCGCUAGCUGGGCGGAGAAAUAAACCUCGGGAGCACACUGCCACUGUUCCUACCACUUCAAACCGCGCCGGGGAGAGAGUCGCUUAAUGCAAUAUAAGUAGAAGAGGGACAAAAACCUCAACGAAAGUCAUCCUAAAACCGGGGAAACAUCAUCACAACGUGUUACAACUUGCAGUUCCUGUCUUUCUACGCUGCUGCAUCCGGGUUUUUCGGGAUUGCUACAGUGUAUUUGUUUGCAGUUGUGAGACAAAUUUCAACUUCUACCUCUUCUGAUAGGGGUUUCGUUUCUGUUUUCUGUAGUUGUCAAAGCGGAAUGAAUGACAAAGACAAAGGCUGAUGUUCAUUCGCCAACUCACUUUGUCUCGCCCAAGGAAAGGAGACACAGGCACAAAAUGGAAAGCGGGACGGAGAACGCCAACGGCGGGCAGGCGCAGCCCCAACAACAGCACCAGUUCGAGCAACAGCCCGUAGUGCAGUCCAUCCAAGUGAACGAGAAGAAAAAGAUCAACCGGGCUCCGUCACCCGCUAGACCCAAGGAUGUGCCUGGAUGGUCCCUCACCAAGAUCCGGGGAGGCAUCGGUACACCAACACUGAGCGUUAAACCAGGAUCCAUACAUUUAGGCAGCCGGGUGUCCAGGCGUAGUCCAGGUAGCGGAAAAGAGACCAAAUCAGAGAAAGGAAAACUGCCCGGGAAAUCCACACUAUCGGUUGCAAGUGCCCAGAAGAGCGGCAGUAAAUCGAUGAAAGGUGGUCGGAAGAAGGUGGCGGAUGCAAGCAACGCCUCGGACGACCUGAGCAAAGACUCUGGUUGCGCCGCGGGCAAGCUGUCGCCAACGGAUAGCAGUUCUGAGAUCUCCGAUUGCGCCUCGGAGGAGAAUAAACUCUCCACCGAAGCUCUGAGUAGUGACACCGAAUCCAGCAGCCGAGGCGGGGGGGCUGAGGGCGAGAAACCGAGCAGGGACUGCGGAGAUGGACCACCAGAUAGAGGUACUCGUGGUGACCAUCAUGCCAAGACCCCCGUAGAUAAGGACCGACUCUCCUUUGGAGUGGAGACCGGGGAGGGGAGCAUUUCUCCGGGGGAUGAACGAUCUCUCACCUCGUUCGACAGCCGGGUGCCUGCCAGCACUUCCCUGGCUUUCUCCGACCUGACAGAAGAGUUCAUGGAUGGCAUGCAUGAAGAAUUUGUCAGGGAAAUCGAGGAACUGAGAUCAGAAAACGAUUACCUAAAAGACGAGAUGGAGGAGCUGCGCUCGGAGAUGUUGGAGAUGAGGGACAUGUACAUGGAGGAGGAUGUGUACCAGCUGCAGGAGCUGAGGCAGCAGUUUGAGCAGGCCAACAAGACCUGCCGCAUCCUGCAGUACCGCCUCCGCAAGGCCGAGAGACGCAGCCUCCGCGUGGCCCAGACGGGACAGGUGGACGGGGAGCUCAUCCGGACCCUGGAGCAGGACGUCAAGGUGGCUAAAGACGUGUCCAUCCGGCUGCACACCGAGUUGGACUCUGUGGAGAAGAAGAGGGGUCGUCUGGAGCAGGAGAACGAGGAGAUGAGGUUCAGGCUCCAGGAGCUCGAGGUGGCCAAGCAGGUCCUGCAGGCUGAGAUGGAGAAGCAACGAGAGAACUCUCUGAAGAAGCGAGGGGCUCGGCCAAACAACAAGCCAGAGAAGAAGCUGUCUCCCCAGCAGGAGGACAGUUCUGACCUCAAGUGCCAGCUCCACUUUGCCAAGGAGGAGUCAGCGCUCAUGUGCAAGAAGCUGACCAAGAUGGCCAAGGACAGCGAGGAAAUGCGGGAGGAGCUGGCCAAGUACCGUUCGAUGUACGGCGAUGUAGACGCCUCGCUCACCGUGGAGGAGGUCAACGACUCGCCCCACACGCGCGAGGCCGAGGUCAGAGUUCACCUGAAGCUGGUGGAGGAGGAGGCCAACCUGCUGAGCCGGCGCAUUGUGGAACUGGAGGUGGAGAACCGCGGCCUGCGGGCCGAGAUGGACGAUAUGAAGGGCCAGGAGCUGCCACCAGGCCUGGGGGUCGGCGGCAUGGGAGGACAUGGAGGAGGAGGUCUGGAGAACGUGAUGGAGCUCCAGAGGCACCUGCAGUUUGUCGAGGAGGAGGCGGAGCUGCUGCGGCGCUCGCUGUUGGAGAUGGAGGAGCAGAACAAGCUGCUGAUGAACGAGAUCAACCGCUACAAGUCGGAGCUGCCGCUGGCGUCGGACCCAGACCAGGACGACUCCUCGUCCAUCUCUCUCCUGGAGGACAGUCAUGGUGGGGGGGCUCUGAUCAGCACAGAGGCCCCCCAGGAGGAGCUGCUGCAGGCCGCCAGGCUCCAGAUCGGGGAUCUGAGCGGCAAGGUGAAGAAGCUCCAGUAUGAGAACCGUGUGUUGCUGUCCAACCUGCAGCGCUGCGACCUGGCCUCUUACCACAGCUCUUCCAGGCCCGCCCUGGAGACCGACGCAGAGGCAGGGGACUCAGCUGAGUGCCUCCCCAACCAGGCUCACCGCGAGGGCCCCAUCGGAGGGGAGAACGAGCCCCUGCAGGAGAGGGAGAAGAAGACGUCCACUGGGUUUCCUGUCCCCCUGGGGCUGAAGGACCGUGAAUCCCUGCUAGCCAUGAGGGACCAAGCCCGCCUAAUCUCUACAGCCAUCCAGCUGCUGACUGCCUCCGACUCCAACUGCCCUUCCAUCUCCCUCUACCGCAAGAUCUCCUCCGGGGAGGCUGCAGAGCCAUGUGUCCCAGAGAAGAGCCAGCAGGCCCAGCCCUCGGAGCUCCAGGAUCUUCCCCUGGUGGAGGCUCUGACGGGUAGGCUGCGAGCACUGCACACCCAGCUCCAGGCUUUUGUGGAGCGGGUUGAGAGCCUAGGCACCACCCCCUCAGGGAGGGCACAGGUGGAGGGGGCAUCCCCCCUGCCUCUACUGUCCGAGGCUGGGAACUCUGUGGUGGGUGCACCCUCUGCCUCUCACCCCUGCCCUCCAGACGACCAGGCGGGUGAGAUCCCCUCAGAGCAGAAGCAGCCCAACUUUAGGGACCAAUCAGAGCGCGAUGUGAAAGGUCAGAAGGAGGAGGGUGACAGCCGCACUGACCGCAACCAGACCCAGGAAACACAGGAGACGGACACAGCUCUGCAGAUCAGUGAGCUGCAGGCCCUUCUGUCGGAUGCGAGGGAGACGGCUCACGGGACGCAGGAGGAACUGACUCUGGAGAGACAGGCCCACCGAGACCACACCCACAGCACUUCUCAGACAGUCUCACAGCUGCAGGAGGAGCACCAGAAGGCCCUGACGCGGAGGGACUUCCAGCUGCAGAGUCUGAGUCUGCAGACGCGGCUGCAACAGAAGUUCUGGAGCCAAGAGAGGAACCUGAUGGUGCAGGAGUCCCAUCAACUCAAGCAGACCCUGCUGCUGCUGAGCCUCAAGCUGCGCUGCUUCCUCAAACAGUGGCGUCUGGGACGCAAGCUGGACACGGAGGCCAAGGAUGUCCUGGAGGUGAACAGUCUGAAGGACCUGUACCUGCUGUUGGAGGAGGAGAGUCUGGCCGCCCACCAGGGAGACAACAAGAUGGCCGCCGCAGAGGAGCAGCCCCUCAGCACCAGCAUCUCCAAGGAGCUCUGCCUGCUGGAGAAGAGCUACAAACAGACGAGCGGCGUGAGCAGCACUCUGGCGGACCUGAAGGGAGCGCUCCAGGAUCUGAGCGGAGAGCUGCGAGAGGAGCGCCAGGGCUCACAGGAACUCACCCAGCAGUUUGCCCGUGCCAAGGCCUCCUGGGAAGUGGAGAGGACAGAGCUCAAGAGCCUCAUCACCCAGCUGGAGAGCAAGUUGGGCCAAGCUGUGCUGGCCGGGGGAGAGAAGGACCUCCAAGGACCUCCCGACCUGAAGAUGGCCCUGAAGAGGGAGCGUGAGGAGUACCCGCACCUCCUGGCCGACUCGUACGCCGCCGUCAUGGACCUGACCAAGCAGCUUCAGACGGGCGAGAGGAACUGGAGCCGCGAGAAGCUGGAGCUUCUGGAGCACUUCAGUCAGGAGAGGGGCCAGUGGGAGCAGAGGCUACAGAACAAGAUGUCUCUGCACGAAAAAAACACCUCCGAAAGGGAAACUGCAACAGACGCUAUUACAAAUGGAAGCAAUUUACCAAGGACCAAAUCCAUCCCGUCCAUGCCAGAGUUAGAGGGUCUGCUGGAGGCCUGUCCUUUCCUUCCGGGUCAGGAGGUCAACGGGACAGCCAAUGAGGAGGGAGAGAAGGACCAGCCCAACACCCAGGCCCCUCCCCUUCUAGCCCACACAGACCUGGGUGACCUCACCAGGAAGAACUGGAAGUACCUGACCAAUGAGGUGGCUAUGAUGGAGCAGGGUAAUGCCCCCUUCAAGACGUGGGACUGCCCCAGCUCCCCCAGUAGUUUCCUGGGCCUGGGGAGCAUCCAGAGGAGCUACACGGCCCCCGACAAGACCGGUAUCCGCAUCUACUACAGCCCCCCUACCAUGCGCCGUAUGGAGAGCCGGCUAGCCAAGGAGAAGCAGGACAAACCUCAAGCGCAGCAAGGCCACCUGUCCCGGGCUUCAACUCCGUCAGACGCUGGGGCCCCAGAGGGCCAGCCUCCCUCUUCCUCUUUUGCCUCCUCCUCUUCGUCCUACGACCAGUGGCUGAGCUCUCUGUCAGAGCAGCACAGGGAUCUUCUGGAGAACAGCAGCGGUGGCGCGGGGGUGGCGCCCUUCCACGGCCUGGAGAUCUCUGCCAACCUCUCGGACGACAUGAAGGAGAUGACCAACUGCGUGCGCCAGGCCAUCCGCUCCAGCUCUCUGGAGAGGAAGUGCAGCAAGGACGCGGGCAGCCAGACGGUGGGGGUGUCUAGCCGCUCCACCCAGACGGCCCAGUUUGUGAGUGUGGGACUGCAGACGGACGGGCUCGGGUCUCGGGGGGUGGGGGGCCUCCACACCAAGUCCUCCUGGUCCCCCCGGCCCUCGUCCUCACUGGCCUCGGCCCGCUCGCGCCACAUCUCCUCGUCCCUGGAUAAGGUGCACAGCCGCAUCGACAGGCCCUGCUGCUCGCCCAAGUAUGGCUCCCCCAAGCUUCAGCGCCGCAUCUCCGCCUCCUCCUCCAAGUUGGACGGAGUGGGGUCGUCCUCGGCUUCCUCCCGGGAUCGCAGCCUGUGGAACCUGCACCAGCGCUCCUCGACCUCCAGCGGCUCGGCCUGGGCCCGCUCCACCACCACCAGGGACAGCCCCGUGCUCAGUGGCCUCAACGACGGCCUGUCCAGCCUGUUCAGUGUGGUGGAGCACUCAGGCAGUGUGGAGUCCCUAUGGAAGAGUGAGCCGGGGGUCAGCCCAGCCCGCCAGGCAGCAGGGAAGCCCUCUGGUCCUGCCCCCGACACCGGAGCCCAGAAAUACGGUCCCUUACAGGAAUUUUUCAGGAACGUAUGCGGUCGGACCGGGACGCCCAUGCCUGGGGGAGGGGAGAGAGGGCAGAGGGAGGUGGGGGCCACGGAUGAGCCUAAGCCAGAGUGCCUCUCCGGGGCCUCGCUGGUGGGGAACGACAGUGUCACCAAGAUCGUCAACAAGAGGUUCAUGAGACAGAUGCCCAGGGAGGAGCUUGGGGCCAAUGCCAGGGACCCCACCUCCAGGGACCCCACCGCCAGGGACCCCACCGCCAAGGAACCCACCGCCAGGGACCCCUCCACCAGGGACCCCACCACCAGGGACCCCACCGUCAGGGACCCGACCAUGAGCUCUAGUAUUGAGGAUGCAGUGUGUGAUUGCACCUCCCAGGCUCUGACUUCCUGCUUCGUCCGGCCCUCCCGCUCGGCCACACGCCAUUCACCGGGCCUCUGCAUCCACCUCUCCCAGGAGUCUCCAACGGCAACAGAGGAGAGAUUGGAUCCAAGCAUUGAGUGAUGGAUCAAAGAGAGCACGGAAGCUCACACUGCCACACACACACACGAACAUGCAUGCUGCCUCGCCAACACACUGCCACAUAGGCUACAGUACUGUCACAAAAUGUACACACACACACACACACACACACACACAAACAAACAUCUUGGCUACAUACAUACAUACAUACAUACAUACAUACAUACACCUGCAAACCGCCACGCAAACACACUGCCACAUGCAUAAUGUACAUACACAUAAUUCCCCACAAACUGCCACACAGAAUCACUGUCACACGCGCGCACGCACAGACACAGAUGUCUAGGAUUGGAACUAAAACCCAAGCAGAACAUUCUAACGCCAAGGACAAAGGGAGACCACAAUCUCCUAGGAUUCCUCUCUGACCAUCAUAUCCACUGUCAACUACCAGCAGGACAACCCCACUUCACACACAAGUCCCUAUAUAGUGCAGCAUUUAGGGAACAGGGUGCCAUUUUGGACAGUGUGUGGAUUUAUAUCACGUCAGAACCCUCAGCACUCUACUUGACCCGGAAUUGCACAUGGGAAAACAUCCUGGACUAUUGAAUUACGACCUCUUGCCGUUGUCAACCAUCAACCAUCAAAAAACGCCUGUUCAACAUUUCUCCAUUUAAAAAAACUUAUUUUUUUUACGUCAACUGCCUGAUGUUAUGCCUGUUGUUUUUCCCAAAAGACUAUAUAUGUAUGACGUUGUUAUGAUAUACAUCGCGUAUGAUAUGAUCCUAUGUUUCCUGAAUGUUGUUUGAAGGUUUGUCAUCUGCCUGCUGUUGGCACACAAUGAUAGUAUGGUGGUUAGGACUAUGAGGGGUGUCUCCCGUGUGUACUGUACUGUAUGAGUAUGAGUAUAGGAGGAACUAUACUCUAUUUAAACCCAGCUGUAAAGAUAACUCCCUGCCAGGAAAACAACGCAAACUCCUUGUCCCAUUUCCAGACAAAAUGCAUUCCUUUGUUAAGUCACAAUUCCACUGACACUCUGGGUAAUCUGUUCAAUUGUGCGUGUGUUUCUCUUUCGUUGACUGCCGGUGUGUUCCUGACCUCUUUUCUCCUGCUUUGUGUAACAACGUCCUCUGCAGAAGGUGGGCUCGCUACUUUCUCACCUCAUCACUCAAUUCUUGAGAUCCUUGGUGUUCUAUGUUUAAUGAAAAAACAUAUCUUUAAAAUGGGGGGGGGGGGACAAAAGCCUUGGUUGUGAAGAGGGUUAUUUGUACCUUGAAAUGAAAUCCGAGACGAGAGAGACUGAGAAAUGGUCUAAUUAUAUUUGAUUGAUUCCUUCCAUUUUGGAGUGUCCCUUUAAAAGGUCUGAUAGCUGUCAGUCAGCCUGUUACUAUGGUGACUUUGAAGUGCCUGUUAGACUAGGUCAGCUCGCACCAAACGGCAUUUAACAACUAGAACCCCAGAUUGUUGUUCUUAGAAUGAUUUUAGACACAAGGUGGAUAUACAGUAUACUCUUAUGUACACGUCAUGUACACAGAAGUAACAUGUCGUCACCAACUCUUAAAAGCACGGAGAGAGAGAGCGAAUGGUUUACGUUCUUUUGAUACCAAGGAACUUUUUUCAGAGAAGUAAAUUAUUUGUAAUUUUUUAUAUAAAUAAAUGUUUAUAUCUGUUUGUUUUUUCUCUCGGAUUGCAAUGGUGCUGAACUAAUAGUGCAGAUUCUUCCCUCAUUUUAAAAAUAGCUUUUUACAAGGCUUUUAGGUAAUAGAAAAGGCUCCGUUUUUGCUAUAUUGGCAGUGGCACACAGUAUUCUAUAUAAAUGGCUAUUGGUUAGGAGUCAGUCCCUGGCAGGUGCCUUAAAGAUGAGCAUGUCACUGUCAUAAAAACACUGAUUUGGCCGCUACCCCUGAGAGCCUCAAUGAAUGUGUAACACCCCCCCGCUCUCUCUCAUUUUCUCUUCCCCCCUCUCGCUUUCUCUUCCCCCCUCUCGCUUUCUCCCCCCCUCUCUCGCUCCCCCCCACCCCUCUCUCUCUUCCCCCCUCUCUCUCUCUUCCCCCCUCUCUCUCUCUCUUCCCCCCUCUCUUCCCCCCCUCUCUCUCUUCACCCCCUCUCUCUCUUCACCCCCUCUCUCUCUUCCCCCUCUCUCUCUCUCUCUUCACCCCCUCUCUCUCUUCCCCCUCUCUCUCUCUUCCCCCCCUCCCCCCAUCUCUCUCUCUCUAUCUUCCCUCUCUCUCCCCCCCUGUCUCUCUCUUCCACCCUCUCUCUCUUCCCCCUCUCUCUCUCUCUCUCUUCCCGCUCUCUCUCUUCUCUCUCUCUCUCCCCCCUCUCUCUCUCUCGCUCUACCCCUCUUUCUUGCUCUCUAACUCUUUCUUUCUCUCUCACCACUCCCCCCCUCUUUCUCUCGAGAAGCUAAGUUGAGAAGCUAAGUUAACAUGCUCUUUUGUUUGUGUUGCUCUUCUGGUUCUAAGAACAGGGCAUUAUAGUAGAAGGCUUUAGUAUUAAGUCUUUAAAUGACCUUGUGGUUCAGACCCACAGUCUCCCCCAGGCCCAGCCAUCCAACCACUGACGAGCAUGAUUUCCAGUCCACACAGGCAGACUAACUGGUCUGGUUCCUCCUGCCUUUGAUAGAAGCUGCUGCCAAACUGUCCUCUGCUACCUCCCUGCCCUCCUCACAAACAGGACCUGGAAGAACUAAACGCAAUACCUGGCCUACCUGCCCGAGGCCCACCAUGUUUGUUGUGUUGUCGUUAAUAAGGUCACUAGAGUGCCUUUCUAAAAUGAAGUUGGUCUUGUUGAGCAGCAGCUCUUCUGACAACUGCGCUUGCCCAGUUACCUACAGUCCCCUGUGGUCCAGAUAGAUACAGACUGUGUACAGUCAAGUUAGUGUCAGGUUUAUAGGCUUACUCUGCAAGGCAUCUGCCGUCUCAUUGUCAUCAGAACAUACUGAAGUGUUACACAGUAUCAAAGACCACUUUGCUCUUCUACUUUCCCAAAACAAUUAACAGAGCACAUGAGGUGAAUGGAAAAGUGAAGUCCUUGAAUUAUGUCAAUUUAAAGGGAACUGAAAAUAUGAUGUGUUUCUUCUUCAUACACUUCAGGUUUUUCUGUUUACAGUAAAGGUCUUUCCUCUUGUGAUUUUGAAGUUGUUUCGGUGUGAUAUAGCCGUUCUACCUGUCUGGCAGGUUCGUAUGUCAGGCUCCUAACCCCUCAGGUAACAGUAGCUGGUCACACGGCAGGUAGCCAAUGAUAGGAGAGAGCCUUGGUACCUUCUAAAGCAACAGUCCAAUUAGAGAGCGGUACUGCUAGGCACGAGAGGGCAAUGCCACUGUACCUUACCUUUGACAUUGUUCAUCUGUCCUAAAGCAGACUGUUAUGUUAUCUCCCCCUGUCCACUGUCCCAAUGACUGGCAAUAUGUACAUGAAUUCUUAGCUUAUGCUGUUAAUAAUAUUAGCUAAAUUAUUACUGAAAGAUUGCAUUGUAUAUUCGCUUGAUAUAUUUUCUUUCUUUUUAAUACAUUGACUCUUGGGAAAAGAAGAAUGCAAAUGGCUGAUAACGAAACAACAACUAAAAGAAUCACACGUAUUGUAACUUGAAAAGAAUACAUUGAGGUAUAAUUUGUACUCUUUCUAUCCUCACGUAGAGAAUAAAGCUGAAUGACUACAGUAGCGCUGAGCUGGCUGUUGAAGUAUGUAGCGCUCUCUCCUUUCUAGAGACACGUGAACGUUUAUUUGUACAUACUCGUUUUGAAAAAGGAAAGGAAAGGAAGAGAAAAAUAAAUGAAAAGUGAUUUUGAGUGGAUUUUUAGGGGGUUUUUGGGUGUGGGGGGGAGGGGGGUUCCAACUAUGUAGCCCGUUCAGCUGAGAUCUCAUUGCCUCCUGUUUGUCAUAUAGUUCACAAAUAAAUGUUUGUUUGAAAAAAAUAA